AGCGUCACCUGGCGGAAACGUGUAACUGUUUGAUUCUCCCUCUGAGCGUGGUAAGCUUGGUGCAGCGACGUUCUAUUUCGCCAAGACAACAUUCGCUUUUGAGGUUAAAAAUGUGCCAUCACAUAUUGAUAAGGAGGUCAAGGAUUAUAGCAUAUAAGAUCUUCAGACGUUUACCUUCACACAACUUCACCUUUGCUGCCUGUCUCCUCUUCGUUUGCACGCUUGUUUUGGUGACCAAGUUAAGCUUAAAUGCAGCCAAUUCCGAAAAUUCCAGAUCAUUGAAGGGUCUCCACUGGAAAAUGGACUUUGAAAAUAUGAAUAUUAAUAUAGAUAACGUCAAGUACAAUGAAAUGGAGAAGCUGUUCUUGCAAAUGUAUAAUCUUCCUAAACGGUAUACUGUCGAAACACAACCUAAGGAACACAAGAAGAGUAAACAUUCUACUUACCCUGCAAUUGAUGAGCUAAUCUUCAGCAAUAUUUACUGGCAAGUUCUCCAUACUUCUAAGGCCACCUUUCAUCUUUAUAGCGCAUUUUUUGACAAUCGCACUCUUUCUAAACCAAGACCAGUUAUUCGCAUCCUAGCAAUGGUGAAGAAAUAUGAAAGAAAAAUAACUCUCAACUGUCAAUUAUGGUACGAUAGUAGGAGCGUUCCUGUUUUAGCUAAAGUAACCAGGUUCAGAUUUUUGGGUUACUAUAAACAUGUAAAAGUAGAGGAGCUGUCUAUUCAGCCAUACCUGCUGGAGUGUGGCGUUCCAUCCAACCACAGUCAGCGAGUGCCCAAGUCUGUGUCGUUAGUAGAAGGACGUUAUGACCAGCCCACUAAUAACCUUCGUGUCAUCCACAAUCUUCAUAAUGGUGACCGCAAGAGAGAUUUUGCCGUGUGCGUAAAGGCAAUGAUGUUUAGUAAAGAUGAAAGCGUGCGUCUCGUGGAAUGGUUGGAACUUAUCUUCCUUCUCGGAGCAGACAAAAUAUUCUUAUAUGAAAGUGAUAUCCAUCCGAACAUGUCAAAAGUACUGAAGCAUUAUAUAUCUCGUGGACAAAUAGAUGUGAAAAAAUUUUCUCUUCCGGGUGAAUUGCCAAAUGUUCCUGCCUUACAGGAGAUGUUUUUUAGGAAGUAUGACCCAGUAAGAUGUGCACCAGAAAACUUAGUAUACAAUGAUUGCCUGUAUAGAAAUAUAAACCGAUUCAAGUUUGUAACAGCCAUGGACAUUGAUGAGGUCAUCAUGCCAAAGACAAGGUCGAGCUGGAAGGAAAUCAUGGAAAGCGUGGCACCAGGAGUGCUAUCAAGUAAAGACCACAAGUGGUCGUCUUUCGCCCACUACAUGGUGUAUUUCUUACCCAUUAUGCAGGAAAAGCACGGUUGGAUGAAGGACGUGCCUCAUUUCAUGCAUAUGCUGCAAAACCUUCACCGUGCUGCCAAUCACACUUUUUCUAAAUGGCACCUUAAGUCUAUUCACGAUACGCAGAGAGUCCUUACCAUUAACCACCACUUCGCUUUCGAGUGCCUGGGAGGUAACUGCUCUGUUCGCUUCAUACCAAAAGAGACUGCACAAUUAAAUCAUUAUCGCAGUGACUGCAGAUGGACUCUGGAAAAAGAGUGUCCUUACUACAAGAAUCACACUGUCCUCGAUGACAGCAUCAUGAGAUUCAAGGCUCCACUUCUGAACAGUACUCUCAACACACUCUACCAGCUUGGAUUCCUCAGUGGAUAACCAUAAAAUUUAAACAAGAUAUCAGCAUAAAAAGCAGGGCGCAAAAUUUCCCUGCAUUGAGAAAGUAAGCCUCAGCACUGAAAUGUUUAAUUGGAGAAAUAUAAGGUUCAUAUCAAAAAUUGUAAUCUAAAACUAUAGUAUACACUCAUCAUAAAGAAGAUGCAAACUACGUUACAGAUGAGUGGAAAUUAGUUGUGCAAUGUCAAGCCCUUCAAACGCCUUCUCUUUAAUGCUUGGAGAUUUUUUUUUUUUUUUACUAAUCUCACUUUUCGCAUAUUAAAUUAUACUGUUUAGUAUUCUUUCUGUCUUUGCUACCAAAAAGUAAUCUCACUAAUUAUAGUGAAUUCUUUAGAAAAAAUAUUGAAAUGGGGCAACUACAAUAAAGCAAACAUAUGGGUGCUUCUGUUAAAGCAAUUUGUUUGACUAAAUACACACCGAGUAGU